AUGGCCGCCGCGGGGUCUCGAGUGAAAGAGCUUGCCUCGCAGCUCUACGAUGCCUGUGUCGAUCAGUUUGAGGCGGACCACUCAUUCUAUCAACAAGACCUCCUGAGUGUCUCUGUCAUCCCCAACAACGAUGUUUCGCUCCUACUGGAAUGCGCCCAGUCCCUGGUCAACCAGAAACUGUUCCGACUCCUCGAAGGACAGAAUAAGCGCCUUGUCUGGCGCAUUGUCGCUCGUGAGGAUGCUGAGAAACUCCAAAACCUUAGCGACGAUGAAGGCCUAGUCUUUGGUGUCAUUCACUCCAGCGGCCGCUCUGGCGUCUGGAUCCGCAACAUCCAAUCCCGCACAAAUCUGCACAAGUCCAUCCUUGACCGCUGCCUAAAAGCCCUCGAAGGCAAAAACUACAUCAAAACCGUCCACAAUGUCAAACACCCCACAAAGAAGAUGUACAUGCUGGCUGGUUUGGCACCCAGUGAAGAUGUCACCGGAGGCGCAUGGUUCACCGACGGCGUGUUGGACGCAAACUUUAUCAACAGUGUUGCAGGCUACAUCGAGUACACCGUUAGCCGCAAGAGUUGGUACGAAGGCCCCGCUGACCGCGGUCGGUCUAACAAGCGGAUCAAGACCAUCAGCGGCAAGGUGGAUAUUAAGCCCGAAUCCGCAGAGAAAUGCUUCCUUCCUUAUCCUGCAAACUACCCUGGAUACCCGACUCCCGAAGCUAUCACCCGUGCCGUCAACGAGAGUGGUAUUACCCCAGUUCAACUCACCCCGGAGAGUAUAAUUCAACUGCUUAAUAUGCUGUGCUUUGACAAGAAACUAGUCGCACUCAACGAUGGCAAGUAUUACAAAUCCCUCAAGAAUCCCGAAGCCGUCAAGGCAAACCAAGCCCGCAAGCCUCUGGAUGGUGGCGAAGAGCCUCGGUCCUCCAGGGACCUGGGCAAGAACGGUAUGACUGAAUCUCCCUGUGGUCCGUGCCCAAGCUUCCGGCUCUGCACGCCCGGUGGAGCCAUCAGCCCGGAAACCUGUGAAUACUUUGAUCCCUGGUUCGAAAAGAAUCUCGGGUUUUAA